AUGCAAUUGUCCACUAUCAGCGCUCAACCACUUUGCGCAAAAUCACCGGAAGAUGGAGAGGGGCGCUUUUGCGUGGGAGUAACACGUGGUUACUCAGCAAGCUCGGGGGGAGAAUGGAAAUUUCUUUUCUGAGUGAUCUUAUCAGGUACGGCUCGUCUAAGGUCUCCGGAAGGCACGUUCAACGUGCAUAAAAUAUAUGGCGAUGGGAACUGCAUGUUUCGGGCGGUCAGCUUCGUACUUUGGGGAACUGAGGAGGAGCAUCACUCGCUGCGAGCAUUGGUUGUACAUCAUAUAGUGGAUCAUUGGCGAGAGCACGCGCCGUUCGUCACAGCCGAAUGGAACAUAUCAAAUCCCCAGGAGUACCUAGAUUUCAUGAAAAAUGAGGGUGUCUAUGCAAGCGAACUAGAAUGCACUGUUGCCACAAAACUCUACGGAUUAAAUCUCUCGAUUUACCGUAGAGUCAGCGAGUAUGACAUAAAGCGGGUGUUUCACAAUCGUGUCAGCAUCAACCGGGAAACAGCCAGGCUUCUGUUCACCGGACGCUCAGAUAGCGGUCAUUAUGACGUCCUGUUCCUUGACCCCUGAGAUAUACAAUGCGAAUAAAGAGCACCUCACCGCACGUAUUACUAACAAAUUUGCCUGAAAAAUCAGACAACAAUUCUCGAAAUAUAAAUAAAUUUUCUAUCGUAAAAUGAAUUUCACGCUUAUGAAAAAUAAUAAAAUUGUGAUCAUUGAAGUGAUAAAUAAUUGUUGUAAGUA